GUUCUGCCUGCGAAGCAGCCGCCUCCGCAGCGGAGCCGUGCCCGGGACAGGCACGGCAGGAGGCGGAUGGGCAGCUCCGGGCAGAUCGAGCGCAGGCAGCUCGGCGUUCCCGGCUGGAAUCCGGCAGGACGAGUUUCCCGGGAUGUUGGGGGCUGUGAGCACCGCCCGGGCUCCUGAAGGAUCGCCCUGCUGAGCCCUGCUGGGGCGGGAUCCUGAGUCAGCGCCAGCACAGCCGGUUCUGCCGGGCUGGACCACGCUGGGGCAGGUGGAGGAUGUCCCGGGCCAUGCAGUGCCAGAGCUGCCUGCCCUGGGGCAGCUGGGCACGGCUGCCGCGGUCCCUGGCAGGGACAAGGGGGACCCGCAGCGUGUCCGUGUGUGCCGCUGCCGUGCCAGGUGGUGCAGGCAGGUGUUUCCUCAGGAGGAUCCUUGGCACAAGCAGCAUCUCCCUCCCCAGGGGCUGUGUUCACUACCAGGGAGACUCUCUGGACAGCUCUGCCCAGCCCAGCUCCUCUCGCCAUGGUCAGUCCCAGCUGAGGAACGUGGCUUUUGCUGGUGCCAUCAAGAAGCACCAGAAGAGCCUGUCUGCGUGGUUCAGCCACCAGCCCAAUGAGGAGAGGCAGUUUGGCCCUUCCUUCUCUCUGGAUGCCGUCCACGUGGACCCAGUGAUCCGGGAGAGCUCCCUGGAGGAGAUUCUGAAGCCCUCCCCUGAUUUAACCAUCCAGAACCAGCUCCAGCAGCCCUGUAGAAAGGUUAUCAGCCUCCACAACCUCUUUGACGUGGACGCCUGCGGGCGGCAGGUGAAGAACGUGGUGCUCUACGGCACCGUGGGCACGGGCAAGAGCACCCUCAUCAAGAAGAUGGUGGUGGACUGGUGCCACGGCCGCCUGCCCCACUUCCAGCUGGUCAUCCCCUUCUCCUGCGAGGACCUGUCCCACAGCCAUGCCCACGUGUCCCUGCGGCGCCUCAUCACCAAGAAGUACCAGCACCUCCGGGACGUGGUGCCGGUGCUGGAAGCUUCCAACCUCAGGGUGCUCUUCAUCCUCAACGGCCUGGAGCGCCUCAACCUGGAUUUCCGCCUGGCUGGCACGGAGCUGUGCUGUGACCCCAACGAGCCCGUGCCUCCCUCUGCCAUCGUGGUCAACCUGUUGCGGAAAUACCUCCUGCCCGAGGCCAGCAUCAUCGUCACCACGCGCCCGUCGGCCGUGCGCCGCAUCCCCGGCAAGUACGUGGGGCGCUACGCCGAGAUCUGCGGCUUCUCCGACACCAACCUGCAGAAGCUCUACUUCCAGAUGCGCCUCAGCCAGCCUGGCUGCUCCGGGGAGGAAAGCCAGGACCGCCGCUCAGCGGAGCAGGAGAACCUGGUGGAGAUGCUGUCGAGGAACUUGGAGCGCCACAACCAAAUAACGGCUGCCUGCUUCUUGCCCUCCUACUGCUGGCUGGUGUGCACCACCCUGCACUUCCUCUACUUCACCAGGACGGUUCCUCCCAGCCAGACCCUCACUGGCAUCUACACCAGCUUCCUGAGGCUCAACUUCAGCGGGGAGGUGCUGGACAGCACCGACCCCACCCACAUCUCCAUGAUGAAGUAUGUGGCCAAGACAGUGGGCAAGCUGGCCUACGAGGGGGUGAUGUCCCGCAAGACCUGCUUCUCAGAGGAAGACCUGCGGGAGUGUUUCGAGGUGGAGAUGAAGACUGAAAGCGAGCUCAACCUCCUGGAGGUUUUCCGCAGCGACGUCUUCCGCUUCUUCCUCAGCCCGUGCGUGCAGCCGGGCAAGGAGCACACCUUUGUCUUCACCAUCCCCGCCAUGCAGGAGUACCUGGCAGCCCUGUACGUGGUGCUGGGUGAGAAGAAGACCCUGGCCCAGAGAGUGGGGAAGGAGCUGUCAGAGGUCCUCGGGAAGGUGAGCGAAGAUGUGGCUGUGGUUGUGAACAUCAUCUCCAAGGUGCUGCCCCUGCGCUUCCUCCCCGUGCUCUUCAACCUGCUCAAGAUCUUCCCUCGCUAUUUCUCCCGGGUGGGCGGCAAGGACAGGGACACCAUUGCCCACACCAUGGCAGAGGAGCUGUUCAAAGAGGAGGAUUACUACAACGACGAUGUCUUGGACCAGAUCAACUCCAGCAUCCUGGGCGUGGAGGGCCCCAUGUGCCACCCCGAUGAGGCCCCGGAUGAUGAGGUCUUCGAGCUCUUCCCCAUUUUCAUGGGUGGGAUCCUCUCCCGCCGCAACCGCGCCAUCCUGGAGCAGCUGGGCUGCUCCAUCAAGAACCUGGCAGCUUUUGAGAUCGCCAAGGCCAUGAAGAAGACGGUGAUCAGGAAGGGCCGCAGGGGCCUGCCCCCCUCGGAGCUCAUGGACUACCUGUUCUUCCUGCACGAGUUCCAGAACGAGCGCUUCACGGCCGAGGCCAUCCGCUCCCUCCGCGCUGUCAACCUCUCCUCCGUCAAGAUGACCCCUCUCAAGUGCUCUGUGCUGGCGUCUGUCAUGAGCACCACGUGUCACGAGGUGGAGGAGCUGAACCUGACCUCCUGCAACCUGGACAGCGGCAGCUUGAGGACCCUCUUCCCUGUCCUGCUGCGAUGCAAAGCUCUCCAUCUGCAGCUCAACAGCCUGGGCUCCGACGCCUGCAAGGAAAUUCGUGACCUGCUCCUGCAUGACAAGUGUGUGGUGAGCAGACUGCGGCUGGCCAACAACCCCGUGGGCGAGCAGGGUGCUCGCUACCUGGCCGAGGCGCUGGCCGGCAACCGCUCGCUGACGCAGCUGUCCCUGCUGCACACCGCGCUGGGGGACCCCGGCACCGAGGCCAUCGCCCAGCAGCUGGCCCAGAACCAGCACCUGCAGGAGCUCAACCUGGGCUACAACUCCCUGACGGACACGGCGGCCCUGCGCGUGGUGGAGGUGGCCAAGAGGCACGAGACGCUGGACAAAGUGCAUCUCUACUUCAACGACAUCAGUGAGGAUGGCAAGAGGGCGCUUGACAGCCUGCGCAUGGACCGGGAUGGCGUCAGGGCUCUGGUUUUCCUCACGGCGGGCACCGAUGUCUCCGAUUACUGGUCCCACAUCCUGAACGUGGUGCAGAGGAACCUGCCCUUCUGGGACCGCGAGCGGGUCCGGCAGCACCUCGCCCUCCUCCUGCAGGACCUGGAGAGCAGCCGCAGCCAGACUGCCAAUCCUUGGAGGAAAGCCAAAUUCCUGCGAGUCGAGAGCGAGGUCAAGAAAAUGCUGGGGAAACUGCAGGAUGGGAGCCUCUAACCUGCUGCCCAUCCACCAGCCAGGGUGGGGCAGUGGAGUGUGCCCAGCAGCACGUUCCCUGCACCUUUACCCACCUGGAGAUGCUGGGUGGAUGGUGCUGUCAAAGGUGCUGGGUGUGUGGGGCUCAGCCUCAUCUGCAGGUGAGGCUGAAGUGUGGGAAUGGGACAGAAACCAGGCCAGGAGCAAAUGGGACUUGUUCUUCUGGGCUUGUGGAAAGCCAGCCCCUGCACCCCAGCCAGAGCAGUGGCAGGGAGCAGGACUGGGGCUUGUCUGUGAAUCUUUUGGGAGGAUUAAAGUGCACCUCUUCAUUUCCACUGAA